GCUUUCUGAGCCUUCAGUGUGUUUCAGACCUUCAGAAGGACACAGGAUGAGAUGAGGCACAGAUGUACUUUCACAUCAUGGACAAGUUCUAGACCCAGGAUAAAACCAAAAGGAGUGGAAACCUCUAGAGGACAAGGGAGACGAGCUGCAACUUUGAAGCAUGGGCAACUAUCCGGGAAAAGAGCGGCAUGGAUCUGCAGGUUCAACUGCUGCGUUUCAGACACCUCCCAUGUCUCCGUCUUCUCCUGUCUCUUCUGUAUUUGCGCAGCCUCUUCCAAGCCCCACCCACCCUGACCAUCUCCCCUGCCAGGACCGUACCCCCUCCCCUACGAAGACUCUGACAUUUGGCCGUCUAUCAUCAGACGGGAUUGAAAAUCAAAAGAGAAAUGCCCGUGUAUCUCUCAAAAAUGCCCAGGACGGUCCUAUAAUCCCCUGCCAACAGGGGCAGAAUUCAACUCCCACCUCACCUGUACGGGUGGACCUGCCCUUUAGUGGGGUAGCUGGUGAGGGAGGGGUGGAGCAGGUGCUUCUGCAUGAGUGUGCACUUUCAUUAGGGCUCUGUGGGUCUGAUGAGACGACACACAAACUGUCUGAUCUGUUGCGGUGCUUUCUGACUGAGAGAGAGCAAAUGAAGGACGAACUGAAGAGAAUGAAGGAAAAAAUGGAGACAGAGCGCAAUGAGUGGCUGCAGUUCCAGUCUGACCUCCAAGUGGCUCUGGUGGUGGCCGAUCGGCUGCGAGCCGAAGCUGAAGAAGAGCUGAGUGCGCUCCGAGAGGAACGUGUAGGCUGGGAGAAGCAGUUGACUAACUCCCAGCAAAGCCAGCGAGAGGUCGAAGAUCAAGUAGAGUGCCUAAAAGUGGAGCUUGAGAAAAGCAAGCAAAGACACAGUCAAAGAACAGAGACUCCCAGCCAGCAGGGGGCAACAGAAGGGUGUGCAAGGAGCAUCAUGGAGAGGCGGGGGGAUGAGCGAAAUACAGCGGAGGAAAAGAGAAAAGAGAAAGAAACUUCAGAAAAUAUAACAAAACAGCCAGCUUCCCCCACCAGCCUAGUAAAUGGUACAUCCCGGACUUCUUUAGCGCCGAUCACAAACCCUGUGAACAAUACCAAUUCAACUAGAGAGAGGCUGAAUACGGAUCAGCAAGACAACUUGAUCAAUUUAUAUAAAGAUAAAAAGGAGGACAAUCUAUCUUUACGCCCGUCUCCUGUUAUAGACCUUUCUCCAAACAAAACGAGCAAGAUAAAGCCUCAGGAGGACUUCAGUAAGCUGCUCAGGCGCCAUGGAGGAUCCAAACGCAACUCACUACUGCGCUGGAGUCAGAACCGUACCAGCGGAUAUAAGAACAUCGAGAUCACAAACUUCAGCAGUAGCUGGAUGGAUGGCUUGGCUUUCUGUGCCGUGUACCAUAGUUACCUCCCAUCACACAUACCCUACAGCACACUAAGGCUGGAGAACAAGAAAGAAAACCUCUUGCUGGCAUUUCAGACGGGAGAGAGUGUGGGAAUCGCCGCAACACUGACCGCAGAUGAGAUGCUGAAGACCGAAGGCCCUGACUGGCAAAGGGUUCUGGGCUACGUGGAGAGCAUAUACCGCCAUUUUGAGAUGUGACCUCUGGAGUUCUCCUACAACUUCCCCUUCUGAAAGUCAUUUAAAACGGCAGACGGCUUCUUACACUUCAGCGAGAUGUUCCAUGGCGUCCCAUUCGAGCUCCACCGUGUGGAGAAACGAUGGAAGCGAGAGAAAAGAAAAGGUCUUCUGGACCGAAUGAAACCACAAUUUGAUAUUUUUUUAUUAUCAGUUGCAGGAUAUUUUAUAUAUAUAUAAUAUAAUAUCAUGUGAUCAGAACACGUCAUUGAUUCAGAAUAUAAAGAAAGGAUUGUGUUAAAGUGUAAAGAAGUGAUACACUUAAAACUUUCCCUUGAUAGGAAGGAUUUUCCUAAUACCAAAAUUAUUUAUUAUUUUAAAAGUCAUACACUCUUUGGCCAAAAGUUUGUGGACACCUGACCAUAAGAUUUCAAUGUGCUUAUUUUUGAAUGUCUCUACUUGCAGUUAUAAUAACAUCCAUUUUCCUGGAAGAUGUUCCAUUUGAUUUUGUAGAGAUUCACAACAGCCACAAGGAUGAUGGUCGAAUCAGGUGAGGAGGUUCCUGGGGUGCAGUCAGCGUUUACAUUCAUCAUGAUGGCGCUCUAGUGCAGGAGAUCUUCCAAACCAUGGAAAGCAUAUCUUCAUGGAGCUGGAGCUUGUGCACUGGGAAAUUGUCAUGCUGGAACAGGUUUUGGAUCUUCUAGUGUGGUAGGGGUCUUCUAGAUGGGAAAGUUUGGGGAGGAAGUACAUGUGGCUUGGAAGGGCAGGUGUCCCAAUAUUUUUUGUCUAUAUAGUGUAGAUAUAUUUAAUGCUGUGAAACGUCCAUGUAGCACAUUUUCUCCUCUUUUUUAUUACACAAAUUAUGUCAAACCUGACAAUGGAGAUUAUAAAUAUUGUUUAAAAAUCCCUAAACUUCACUAUAUGACCUAUUACACAUGUUUUUAAAAAAAUAUAUAACUUAUUACCUUAUAACUCUCUGUGAAUAAUUGAUUACAGUUAUUUUUCCAGAAAAUACUUUUCAUAGUUACAACACACAGGGCCAUUUCCAGCCUUUUUAGCACCAUCAGCAAGAUUCCUAUCGCCAACCACCCAAUCAGUGGUGGACGAAGUACACAAAACAUGUAGUUGAGUAAAAGUUGAGAUAAACUCAUUAAAAUGUGACUCCAGUAAAAGUAAAAUUGUAAAAUUUCACUUGAGUAAAAGUACAAACGUUU